CGGAUAAAUCACUGUAAGAAUUUUAAUAUAAUCUGGCAAUAUUUUUGUACAGCUGUUUUUUAUUACAAAAAAUCUAGUCUUAUUAGUAGAAAAAACAUUAAAGUUUCUAAUAUUUUUAAAUUUUAUUCAAUAAUAUUCUAUAAAAAUAUAACAAAUGGAUCCUAAUUUAAGAAAUCUAAAAGAUUUUCUAACAUUAUACAAUAAAGUGACCGAAUUAUGUUUUACCCGUUGUAUAGACACUUUUAAUGAACGUGAUUUAGCAGAGCAUGAGAAUAUAUGUGUCAAUCGGUGUGUCAAUAAAUUUGCGCAAUUUAAUCAGUCAAUGAUGAAAGUUUAUGUUGAAGUUCAAACGAGUAUAAAUACUAAACGUAUGCAAGAAUUAGAACAGCAACAGCAGCAGCAGCAACAACAAGAGCAAAGUAGUCCAAAUACCACAGCGGCAUCAACGGCUUUUUCAUCCUCGGCCACCACUUCCAAUUUACCGGCCUAGUUUAUUGUUAUUUCUUAUAUAUCUACUUAGUUGUAACUUUUAAUUAAAUACUAAAUUGUUAUUUUUGUCUACAGUUUUAUCCACAAAUAUGAAUCGUAUUUGUUUAGUAGCUUUGAUAGGACUACCAGCUGUUGGUAAGACCACACUUUGUCAUCAUCUAACGGAAAUGGAAUCAUUGCCAUUUAAUGUUCUACAUUUAUGCUAUGAUUGUUAUGUUAACUUUAAUCUGGAAAAUCCCACACAAUACAAAGAACAACGUGAACAACUUUUACAGACCUUAUCAACAAUUAUAAACAAUUUUAAAAACUCCCAUAACUUAACCACGGAAUUGAUUACUCUAAGCGAUUUUUAUAGGAAUCAUCAACAUAAAGAUGUUGUUAUACUAUGUGAUGAUAAUCAUUACUAUCGCAGCAUGCGUUAUAAAUUAUAUCAAUUAGCCCGUGAACAAAAUAUAGGUUUUUGUCAAAUAUAUUUGGAAACUAGUCUAGAUUUAGCUUUGGAACGUAAUAGUUUACGUAGUGGAAUAGGUAAAGUUCCCAAUAAUGUUAUAGUUGAAAUGUCUAAACGUUUGGAAGUUCCUAAUGCCUCUGUAUACAAAUGGGAAGAGAAUACAUUUAUUCUUAGAAAUUUUGAUAGAAAUAAUAUUAGUCAGGAUAUUGUAGCUUAUGUUACACAGUUUCUUGAUGUGCCUGUACAGCCUUUACAAUUAUCAGUUCCCAAAACGCAGACCCCACAAUCAGUGGUCCAUGAAUUGGAUUUACUGAUGAGAAAACGUAUAAGUACAUUAAUUUAUUCCGAAGUGGAGAAAAAUAAGAAAACUUUCGCUAAAAAACUGAAUGAUUUAAGAAAAGAAAUUCUUAAACAAUUUCAGUUAGAUUUGAAUGAUAAUUUUGAAAAAGUAGAUUUAAAUAAAUAUGUGGAAAGGUUAAAGUAAUCUAUCAAUAAAGUUAUAUUUGCUACAUACUGAAACGUUACUCUGUUUCAACUAGUAGAUCAAAAUGUUUGUAUAAAUAUAUUGUAUUUUGGAAAGUUUUUCUAUUAAAUCGAAAUACGGAGUAAUAAUUAUUUAAUAAAAUAGAAUGGGCGAGAAAGUAAAACCAACAAGAUAAUGAAUAUUUAAUUAAUUUUUAUUUGAAUUACAUAUAAACUACAUAUAAUAAACGUUUAUACCUAAAAUUCUCUUUUAUAGAUUCUUAUAUUUUUAAAUAUACUAUUUCAAUACAUAUAUAUUUUUUUCCAAUACUAAUCACUAAUUUUAAAAAUACUCGAGAUAAUGACAAUUACAAAAAUAACUUAACUUUAAAUACAAACACUGCUGAAGAGGAAGUGACAUUAAACCGGUUUGAUUUUUUUUUUUUUUUUUUUUUGUAAAAUGGAAUGCCUGGUUAUUUAAAUGUUAAAGAGAAUUAGAAUGAUGAAAGGAAUAGCAAAUUGUAUAGAUCUAUUAAGUAGUUUUUCAAAAAUUUCAAGAACAGCAGUGUUUACAUCAAAUGUUUCGUUUGGUAGUCAUCAUAUUGGGUUUCAUACAUUAUUUGGAAUUAAAAUUCUUUUCUGAAACACUAUUUAAAAUGAAUUUUCUUUAUUUAUUAUUUUACUUUAAGAUGCAGACAUAUGAAUAUAUUUGAGUAUUUAUGAGAUUAUAUUUUGAGUUGUAUUUUUUUCUUGUUAAAUAAACAUUAUAAUAACUCUUAAAAUUUUUUUAAGAUAAUUAUUAG